AUGGCGGUCAAUGACAAUAUAAUAGCGGAGAUGGCUGGUUUGACUGUGGAUGGUGACGAGAAGGAGCCUCAUCAUGGUGUUACGGUGUCCGAGGAAAUGGCUGGAGUUUAUGUUUUUCGAUUCCACCAUGAGAUUGACUUGGAGGACGCUUUGGAAAUGAGCCCAUGCACCUUUGGGAAUCACUUGCUAUUGUUUGACAGAUUUGGUAAUCAUGGUAGCCCUUCAGAUGUUCCCUUGCAUCAUGUUCAGUUAUGGGUACAGAUUUAUGGGUUACCAUCUGGUUUCCAUUCAGAUGCAGUGUUAAAACGCCUUAAUGAUUCCUUGGGAGAGUUCAUAAAGGCCGAUGCGAAUAACUUUGCAAGGGGUUGGAAUUCCUACAUGAGGAUUCGUAUCAAGAAGGAUGUUCGUACUGCUAUUGUUACUGGCACAUGGAUUCGACAGGAGAAAGGAGCUUGGUCCUCUAUUACGUUUCAAUAUGAGAAUCUUCCGAAUUUUUGCUAUGUUUGUGGUUUUCUGGGGCACACGAAAAGAUUCUGUCCUGAGCAGUUGAAUCGCAAGGACAAGCCUGUAGUCUGCAGAUAUGGUCCUGAACUACAUGCUACCAAACGAAGAGUUCAGAAUAAUAUCGAAGCGCAGUGGCUAUGA